AUGAAAUGCAAUACCCGCAGGAGGAGGGAGGUAUCAGUGCCAGUAUGUGUGAAUUUUCUGAGUGUUGGUGGACUAGGAGAUUGUCGCAUCCCGGCGGAGCAAAGUGGCAUCAAAUAUGAGUGCUUGAGCCGGCCGGACUUUGCUACAAGGUUCACAGAGGUGGAAACAGGUUUUACCGUGGAUAGCUGUAUCCGGGAAGCUCAAGAAGCCGUUGCUGACAUAAUGCGAAAUUGUUUCAGCCGACGGUUUCAGGAGGCGGUGCCUGAGGUGGACCCUGGGAACUUGCUGAUGCUGAUGGAUACUCUUGAAGACGUGACGAAGGGAGUACCGCAAAGGUCACGUGCCUGGUGUUCUUGGGGCUGGGCGAGAGUGGCGGGAGAGCUGUAUGACAGACUUCAUGGUCCUAAAAUGCGGGAACUGCUCGACCGUUGCGCACUCGUCUCCAAGCGGCCCCCAGGAUUGACCGAUCAGUGGUACUUGGCGAAACUCCUCCAGGGCAGCGAACGGCGGAGUAAGAUCCGGUGGUGGAUGGGUUGUAUGAACGCUCAGCUCGACGACAGCAUUCACAGUACAAUGGUUCUGUGCGACAGGGUGUUGGGUCCUCACUUUGUUCGGUUCCCGGUAACAACCGAGUCGGAACGACGGGUCAUCUACUCAAUAACUCAAGUUGUGAGCUGGUUGAUCGGCAUGAAGACUCAGUCAGGCGUGCUCAAGAAGGUAUCCGACACUUGCAAGUGGACCCGAAACGACCAUUUCGCUAUUCCUCUAACCACCUUUCUUCGGGACCUAUGGGGACCCGAACGGUUUAGGAGAAUCGCCCAACUUGCAAGAAGGCUGCUUCACACCGUAAAAGCUAACAUGUCGGACGAAUGCUUGCUUAGCCGUUUCCUCGGAGCCGUUUCCGCGUGUGCUACGUGUCGAAUGCAGUCGUUUUGCUCGAGAAUUGGCUUUGAUUCGAACACUCGAGAUUCGAACCCACUAGAUUCGAACCCUCAGCGCUCACACACUGAGGAUUCGAGCCUUCGAGAUUCGAACGAGGCGGCAAAUGUCGAUUGCGCAGAUCCGUCUUCCCCACUUGCCGCAGGUCCGUCUUCCCCACUUGCGGCAGAUCCGUCUUCCCCACUUGCCGCAGAUCCGUCUUCCCCACUUACCGCAGAUCCGUCUUCCCCACUCGCCGGUAAUCGAUCGGCUUGUGAAGAUACAUCGGCUUGCGACCGCGGCGCCCCCUUGGACGUCGUGCAAACCUUGGUAGAAGAAGCUCAGCAAAUUGUUGUCCAGGUAAUCCAAGAUUGUGGCCAGCAGGAUGUUACUCUCUUGCCCAAAACGUCGUCGGCUCCCACACCAGCCAGUUUAGAAAGGGCUAUGUCCUACCUUGAAAAUAGGAUCCUGAAGCCUUGCAAGCUUCCUGUAGGUUGGGGAAAAACUCAUUACUGCGGAUGGGAGAGGGCCAACAUGGCUGGCGAAUUAUAUAAAAAAAUGGAUCGCAACAGAAUGCUUGCACUUCUUAAAAGGUGCGACGCAGCUAUCGGUCGCCCCGAAGGAAUCACUGAUCAAUGGUUCUUGGCGAAACUUUUGCAGAGAUUCGCAUGUGCCAAGUCAAUGCCAAUAAUGGCCAAAUAUCUUCACAUCAAGCUUGGCAACAGUAAACCUGGCAGUAGUAAACCUGGCGGUAGUAAACCUGGCAGUAGUAAACCUGGCGGUAGUAAACCUUUCAAUAUUUAUGACAUCGUAAUGGCUCGUCAUUUCACUGAAUUGCCUGAGACGACCGAGUCUGAUAAGCUGAGGAUCUGGACAAUGUGUCAAAUUGUUGGUUGGAUGUUAAAGACAAAGCUACGCGAGCCCUUCACUUCGGUGGCAGUACAAAAGUGGACUGUCAUCGACGGUGAAUUCAUUGAACUGACAGCAUUUCUUUUCAAACUGUGGGGCCCUGAACGCUUUAGGACCGUAACAAACCUUGCCAGGACCCUCCUCCCUGUAAACGUUGUCGCCAUGUCCGAUGCCUGCUUCUUGGCAUGUUUCCUUCAUAGUGUACUGGAAAGAGUUCGGUCAGCGAAAAAGUGCUGGUUUGAGCACGUUGGAUUCCACUACGCUGGUCACGAGGACUGGCACCCAGUUGAAAAAGAAGGCCCCGACUUUUUCGGACGACUACCAGUCAAUUGGGACCAGAGGGCAGUGUCAACAACGGCAUCUCACCAAGUACAUUCCGUCUUUACGCUGUCGGAGAUCUCCCACAAAGAAGCGUCUCGCUCAGCCAUGCAGUACGCAACGGCCCUUCACAAUCGGACUUUACAGGAGGUGGAGAAGAUUCUCUGUGCGUCCUACGCCGCUCUGGAUCUACGGAAACGGACCGGAGCCGAGGUCGAGGAUGACGAAUGUCCUGAGGGAAAGCGAACCAAGUUUCACGAUACCUGCAUAGCCGUUUAG